AUGGCCGUUGGUAAAGCUGUUGUAAAAAAUGCUGAUAUGGAUGCACCAAUGCAAGAAGACGCCGUACAGACAGCUGCUGCAGCUAGAGAAAAAUAUGAAGUUGACAAAGAUAUUGCUACAUAUGUCAAGCAACAUUUCGAUAGAAAAUAUGGACGUACAUGGCAUUGUAUAGUUGGUAAACAAUAUGGCAGUGAUGUAUCACAUGAAGAACGAUCCUUUAUUUACUUCUUCCUCGGCGAUCGAGCAAUUCUACUGUUCAAGUCAGGUUAGCUGAACACGGAAGUCCAUUUCGAUAGUUUAUACAACUGGUCAAUCAGUGUGAUAUUUCAACGACAAUAAACCAAGCCAUUUACAUGCAUCACAGUCAAACUGUUAAUUCUCUUCGUUUAAUUUUAAAUUUUCAAAAAAUACCGCCAAAAACUUAU